AUGACCGUGAAUUACUUUAGUUGGUCCUUGACAGAAUUCAGCUUACUUUCGGAUACCAGCGUGGUGACGACACUCGUUCCGCCACAUGGUAUAAAUUACUACUCGAGUCAGUAUACGGGUGGUAAUUACUACUCGAGUCAGUAUACGGGCGGUAAUUACUACUCGAGUCAGUAUACGGGUGGUAAUUACUACUCGAGUCAGUAUACGGGUGGUAAUUACUACUCGAGUCAGUAUACGGGUGGUAAUUACUACUCGAGUCAGUAUACGGGUGGUAAUUACUACUCGAGUCAGUAUACGGGUGGUAAUUACUACUCGAGUCAGUAUACGGGUGGUAAUUACUACUCGAGUCAGUAUACGGGUGGUAAUAACUACUCGAGUCAGUAUACGGGUGGUAAUUACUACUCGAGUCAGUUUACGGGUGGUAAUUACUACUCGAGUCAGUAUACGGGUGGUAAUUACUACUCGAGUCAGUAUACGGGUGGUAAUUACUACUCGAGUCAGUAUACGGGUGGUAAUUACUACUCGAGUCAGUAUACGGGUGGUAAUUACUACUCGAGUCAGUAUACGGGUGGUAAUAACUACUCGAGUCAGUAUACGGGUGGUAAUUACUACUCGAGUCAGUUUACGGGUGGUAAUUACUACUCGAGUCAGUAUACGGGUGGUAAUUACUACUCGAGUCAGUAUACGGGUGGUAAUUACUACUCGAGUCAGUGUACGGGUGGUAAUUACUACUCGAGUCAGUAUACGGGUGGUAAUUACUACUCGAGUCAGUAUACGGGUGGUAAUUACUACUCGAGUCAGUUUACGGGUGGUAAUUACUACUCGAGUCAGUAUACGGGUGGUAAUUACUACUCGAGUCAGUAUACGGGUGGUAAUUACUACUCGAGUCAGUAUACGGGUGGUAAUUACUACUCGAGUCAGUAUACGGGUGGUAAUUACUACUCGAGUCAGUUUACGGGUGGUAAUUACUACUCGAGUCAGUAUACGGGUGGUAAUUACUACUCGAGUCAGUAUACGGGUGGUAAUUACUACUCGAGUCAGUAUACGGGUGGUAAUUACUACUCGAGUCAGUAUACGGGUGGUAAUUACUACUCGAGUCAGUAUACGGGUGGUAAUUACUACUCAAGUCAGUAUACGGGUGGUAAUUACUACUCGAGUCAGUAUACGGGUGGUAAUUACUACUCGAGUCAGUAUACGGGUGGUAAUUACUACUCGAGUCAGUAUACGGGUGGUAAUUACUACUCGAGUCAGUUUACGGGUGGUAAUUACUACUCGAGUCAGUAUACGGGUGGUAAUUACUACUCGAGUCAGUAUACGGGUGGUAAUUACUACUCGAGUCAGUAUACGGGUGGUAAUUACUACUCGAGUCAGUAUACGGGUGGUAAUUACUACUCGAGUCAGUAUACGGGUGGUAAUUACUACUCAAGUCAGUAUACGGGUGGUAAUUACUACUCGAGUCAGUAUACGGGUGGUAAUUACUACUCGAGUCAGUAUACGGGUGGUAAUUACUACUCGAGUCAGUAUACGGGUGGUAAUUACUACUCGAGUCAGUAUACGGGUGGUAAUUACUACUCGAGUCAGUAUACGGGUGUUAAUUACUACUCGAGUCAGUAUACGGGUGGUAAUAACUACUCGAGUCAGUAUACGGGUGGUAAUUACUACUCGAGUCAGUUUACGGGUGGUAAUUACUACUCGAGUCAGUAUACGGGUGGUAAUUACUACUCAAGUCAGUAUACGGGUGGUAAUUACUACUCGAGUCAGUAUACGGGUGGUAAUUACUACUCGAGUCAGUGUACGGGUGGUAAUUACUACUCGAGUCAGUUUACGGGUGGUAAUUACUACUCGAGUCAGUAUACGGGUGGUAAUUACUACUCGAGUCAGUAUACGGGUGGUAAUUACUACUCGAGUCAGUUUACGGGUGGUAAUUACUACUCGAGUCAGUAUACGGGUGGUAAUUACUACUCGAGUCAGUUUACGGGUGGUAAUUACUACUCGAGUCAGUAUAUGGGUGGUAAUUACUACUCGAGUCAGUAUACGGGUGGUAAUUACUACUCGAGUCAGUAUACGGGUGGUAAUUACUACUCGAGUCAGUAUACGGGUGGUAAUUACUACUCGAGUCAGUAUACGGGUGGUAAUUACUACUCGAGUCAGUAUACGGGUGGUAAUUACUACUCGAGUCAGUAUACGGGUGGUAAUUACUACUCGAGUCAGUAUACGGGUGGUAAUUACUACUCGAGUCAGUAUACGGGUGGUAAUUACUACUCGAGUCAGUAUACGGGUGGUAAUUACUACUCGAGUCAGUAUACGGGUGGUAAUAACUACUCGAGUCAGUAUACGGGUGGUAAUUACUACUCGAGUCAGUUUACGGGUGGUAAUUACUACUCGAGUCAGUAUACGGGUGGUAAUUACUACUCGAGUCAGUAUACGGGUGGUAAUUACUACUCGAGUCAGUAUACGGGUGGUAAUUACUACUCGAGUCAGUGUACGGGUGGUAAUUACUACUCGAGUCAGUUUACGGGUGGUAAUUACUACUCGAGUCAGUAUAUGGGUGGUAAUUACUACUCGAGUCAGUAUACGGGUGGUAAUUACUACUCGAGUCAGUAUACGGGUGGUAAUUACUACUCGAGUCAGUAUACGGGUGGUAAUUACUACUCGAGUCAGUAUACGGGUGGUAAUUACUACUCGAGUCAGUAUACGGGUGUUAAUUACUACUCGAGUCAGUAUACGGGUGGUAAUUACUACUCGAGUCAGUAUACGGGUGGUAAUUACUACUCGAGUCAGUAUACGGGUUAUCUGGUUAAGUGA